AUGAGUGGCAGAGGCAAUCAUCGGGGAGGCUUUGUCUCUCAGGGGCCGCCUGCAUUCGCCCGUGGCCAGCAGUAUAGCGACCCACGACAAUUCUCUCAAUCCCCGCAACCAACCCCCAACUCAUACAACGGAUCCCCAAACCAGUCGCCAUACGGUGCCGGCAGGGGAAACUGGGGUUCUCAAUUUUCUCCAAACCAUCAAUAUCCCCCUCAGUAUUCACAGUCCAACUAUGGACCUCCGACCGGGCCGUCGGGUGCUUAUACGCCAAACCCCUCUUACUCGCCACCACCAUCCGCCCCGACAGGACCUAUGCAAACGAACUAUUCUCAUCCCAAUUAUCGAGGCAAUUUCCGCGGGGGCUUCAAGAGUACCAGCACUGCACAGUGGACAUCCAACACCUCCGGCACCGGCUCUCGGGCCGACGACAUCAAAUCCCAGCACUCUACAACUCCUGCCCAGAGCAGCAAGUCAGAUGUUGGCGACAAUGCAGAGGACGGCGAGAACCCGUUCCGCCCGUCCAAGGACAACCAAGUCGAGGAUACUACACCAUCUGACAAGGCUCCCGAGAGCAACUCACAACGACCUGAAAAGGCCCCCCCAUCCGGACCGGCUGCCCAGUCGGCCUCGUCGUCGAAGUUCAGCUUUGCGUUUAAGGCAUCUGCAAAACCCACUCCGACGGCGCCCAAGCCUGAGAUUUCUCAAAAGUUCAACGCGGCUCCUGCAAAGCGGGAUACUUCACAGCAGAAUGACUCCAAGGACCGGGAUCGCGAACGAGAUCGUGAACGGGAGCGUGACCGAGACCGAGACCGAGACCGAGGCAGAGACAGAGACAGAGAUCGCGAACGUGACCGUGAACGCGACCAUGACCGCGACAGAGAGCGUGAUCGAGCCCGGGAGAAGGACAAGCAGAUCGAUAAGGACAUUCUUCGGAGUGCCCCGACCGAACCGGCGUCGGCGAGAGCCCGUCAGGAGCCCAGACAACCUCCUCCGGGGCCCCGACAGGCCACCGCUCCGAGAACACGGAAGAUCAAGAAGACGAUGAAGCGGUUGAAGCCGGGUCCGAAACUUCCGGACGAUCUCAUUAAAUCAGAGUCUGUCUAUUUCCGCAAGCCUGGAAACGAGUCUGUCGUUGGCUCGGGCACGUACGGCAAGGUGUUCAAGGCUUUGCACGUCUACACGAAAGGACUUGUUGCUCUCAAGCGCAUUCGCAUGGAGGGUGAGAGAGAUGGAUUCCCUGUUACAGCAGUCCGCGAGAUCAAGCUUCUCCAGUCACUGCGGCAUACGAACAUUGUUCAGCUCCAGGAGGUCAUGGUGGAAAGAAACGACUGCUUCAUGGUUUUCGAGUACCUGUCACACGACCUCACGGGUAUCCUGAACCAUCCGUCCUUCACGCUUGAUGCGGCCCAGAAGAAGCACAUGACGAUGCAACUUUUCGAUGGACUCGAUUAUCUGCAUAAGAGAGGCGUUCUCCACCGAGACAUCAAAGCUGCCAACAUCCUCGUCAGCAGUGACGGUGUUCUGAAGCUGGCAGAUUUCGGUCUGGCACGCUUCUACGCCAAAAGACACCAGCUGGACUACACCAACAGAGUCAUCACGAUUUGGUAUCGCUCCCCCGAAUUGCUUCUUGGUGAGACGCAGUACGGUCCCGCUUGCGAUGUCUGGAGUGCCGCCUGCGUGAUGGUGGAGAUCUUCACCCGCCACGCCAUCUUCCCAGGUGACGGAAGCGAGAUUAACCAACUGGACAAGAUCUACGCCGUGAUGGGAACACCGAACAAGGCGGAGUGGCCGGGUCUGAUUGAUAUGCCGUGGUUCGAACUGUUGCGCCCCGGGUACCGUCGGGCGAAUACGUUCCCCCAGAAGUACCAAGACAGGCUGCCAGCAUCUGCUUACCGACUCUUGGCCGCCAUGUUUUCUUAUGACCCCGCCAAGAGGCCGUCGGCUGCUGAAGUGCUCGCAGACGAGUACUUUACCACCGAAGACCCGCCUCCACAACAGGCCGUGGAGCUUGCUGACUUGGACGGCGACUGGCAUGAGUUUGAGUCAAAGGCGCUCCGGCGCGAGAACGAGCGUAAAGAAAAGGAAGCGCGGCGGGCGGCGGCAUCGACCAAGGACAGCGGUAACAACAGCAACAGCAACAGAAGCAACAAGUCCCGGGACCGUAAGAGGGAACCCGAGGCUCACGACGACCGUGGCGACGCUAAGAGGGUCCACGUGGAGACGAAGCCGGCGGUUGCUGUCGAGCGUCCUAGGGCUUAG